CCAGGAAAAUUGCAUUGUAUUUCGCAAUCGCUUCAAGAACAAUAUUUUUCCACAAUAUUAAAAUUCAUAGUUGAAUUAUAUUAAGUCUAAUAGCUCUAGUUCCAGAAAUAAAAAAAAUAACAUUUAUUUUCUAUACCAGUACAUUCGUGAUAUCGAUAACAAUUCUUGUAUAAUUGAUUGCAUCAAUUUAUAUAUAUUACAUUGCGCAGCCGCUUUUUCUUUUGAAUCUGUUUCGAACAAACGCGCGAGAUUAGGAGAAAGCAUUAAGUUUAUCACGAAGCAAUGCACGUGGUACAACAGAAUACAAUUAAACAUUAUUAUCUAUAAUUUUGUAUGUUUAUAAUCACAUCAGUGAGAAGUAAUACAUUUAUGGAUAAUUUUAUUCAUGAUCACUUCGUAAUAAAAGAUAUGAGUAAAUGAUAUGUUUAUAACCUAUAUUAAUUUACAUUAUAACGUAAAAACGAAGGUCACUUACUUCUAAGGGACAAUGGAAGUCAGUGUAGGAGACGUAGUAAUGCCUGGUGAUACUAUAAAAGAUAUUACUACAAUUACCAAAAAAGAAACAAUCGUUUUAGGACCUGGACUUCGUCGUGAAGCUGAUACAGUAUUUGCAUAUAAAGCAGGUGUACUAAAGAAAACAGAACCAGCUGUAUAUUAUGUAGAUAGUUAUCAAAAGCGUUAUGUACCAAACCGCGGAGAAAAUGUAGUUGGUAUAGUAACACAGAGAAGUAGUGAUAUUUUCAAGGUAGAUAUAGGUGCCAGUGAACAAGCAUCUCUUUCAUAUCUGGCAUUUGAAGGAGCUACAAAGAAAAAUCGUCCUGACAUUCAGGUCGGAGACCUUGUGUUUGCAAAGCUUUUAGUUGCCAGUAAAGAUAUGGAACCAGAACUUGUAUGUGUGGAUUCUCAUGGUAAAGAAAAGAAAUUGGGCGCUUUAAGCUCUGAAGGCAUGCUUUUUACUUGUUCUUUGAGUCUUGUCAGAAAAAUAUUAAAUCGCAAUUCCCUAUUGUUCAAAACACUUUCACGUAGUCAAGCAUUUGAAGUUGCAGUUGGUAUGAAUGGUAGAGUUUGGGUCAAAGCAAGGACUAUUCAAGAAACAAUAGCAGUAGCAACUGCUAUUUUGGCAGCAGAAUAUGCUCCACCUAAUGGUAUUAAAAAAUUAUGCUUAGACAUUGAAAAGACUUUACUUUUAACUCAGUGUGGUAAUGUAGAUUAAUUGUAAUAAAGGAAGAAACAAAUGUUAUGAAUGAUUUUAUUUAUUGUAUCAAUAUUUUUAAUGAGUUUUAUAAAUAAAUCUGUAUGAUUUCUUAUAUGAAAUAUGAUGAUUAUGAUGACAACCAUUAUGACAACCAUUUUGAUAAAGAUGUAGAAUUAGAGCUAUAUGUAGUACAUACAUUAUUAAGUAUGCUGGUCAUGUAUACUGCUAUAUUAAUACAAUGAAAAUGCAUAAAAUAUUACGAUUAAUGAAUACUGUUAAAAGAAAUGUACAUAAAUUUUCAUGAUAUUUGCAUCAUUCUGAUUGCAAUUUAAUAAUGUACAUUCAUUUGAUGAAUAAAUCAUAUCCUGACAGAAAUGCAAGAUGAGAAAAUCAGAUUAUUUUCAUGAAAUUAAUGUUAUAAUGUACAUUCUUAUAUUUUUAUAAAAAAAUCUUUAAAGCUGUUAUAAAAAUGAAUAUAAUAUAGCAGCUAGUAUAGUUCGUAUCUGAUGAUUGCAAUCAGUAUCUAAGUGAAAAGUGACUAAACUAAUUGCUAUGUCUUCUCUGAUAUGUAACUAAUAUUUGUCUCCUGAUUGUAGUAUGAAAGCUAAAUACUAAUUAAUGAUAGUAUCAGCCAUUCAAGCACAACCUUGAUUUUCUUUAUUUUUUCCACAAAAAUACUUAAACAAUUUUUAACCCAAGCAUGUUACAUUUUCGUAUUUUUCUCUUUUAAUAUAGGAUUUGUACGUGAUGGAAUGUGCAUUAUUCGUAGUUUAUAAAAUAAACCAUGAAUAUGUCGGUAUUAGGAAAACAUUUUUCUACACAUUAUAACCGCGUAUAAUGUCAAUGGAAUGGAUUUAUACAACAUAUUGGAACUAAAAUAACGCUGAUUCAACGCGAACAAUUUUAUAUGAAUAUGGAUUACUAUUAGAUUUUUUAUCUGACACAAUAUAUUUAACAUAAAUAAAGUAAGUUAAUAUAAUCAAGCGUGCAUAUUUAACAAUUUAUACAAAAUAUAGAAACAAAACAAUAAUGUGUAUACUAUAUACAAAUUUCGGUUCUAACAUAUGUUUUUGCGCUUUUCAUUUUUUUUUUU